CUGUCGUACUUAGUUGUUCCCAACCGUGGGCAGCAACGAUCAUGGUCUACUGUGGAAAGCCAAGUAAAAGCUGCGGCGAAUGCCGGUCAAGGAAAAUCAGAUGUGACCAAGCUAGACCACACUGUUCCCAGUGUAUCCGUGCAAACCGUAGCUGUCCGGGGUAUAGAGACCAUCUGUCUCUGCUAUUUCGAGACCAGAGCCAAGAUGUUAUCCGAAAAGCCACUGCCGUAACUGGCACCGAAUCAAGGAAAGCCAAGAAGACCCGGGCACAGGGGGCCGCUCGCACAGGUUUCCCAAGUGGGAGUAGCGAAUCCUUGGGAAAUGGAACAGUCUCUCUGAUGGAUAGAAAUUUCAGCGGCAAUGAACGCCGACAGCAAGGCCUCUUUCAGAUUAUGAAGCAAGCGGCACAGUUACUGUCUCCGAGUAUGUUGCGGCCUAACCCAACAACGAACGAGGCUGUAUCCUUUUUUAUACAUAGUGGUUUAUUACGGCACUUCUCCUGGACUAAAGAAGAUGAGAUGAGGUUAGGGGCUCCACGAGGAUCGCCUAGUUACCAGGCUAUGAUGGCAAGCAUGGCUGCUGUCGGCAUGGCUAUGCUUUCGAAUGUUAGAAAGUCUUCCACUAUGAAAGUGACAGCAGCACGCGAGUUUGGUUCAGCUUUAACGCUCGUCAACACCGCUCUUUCAGAUAAGGUGCAAGCCAGAAGUCAUUUCACUCUUGCCGCGGUUCUCUUGCUCUCAAUAUUCGAAAUUGUUACAUCAAGGAGGCAGGAAGAGCUCGAUGCUUGGACCAAUCAUGCUUAUGGCGCAGCAGCGUUGCUUGAGUUGAGAGAAGCAGAGCAAUUUCAGGAUGAACUUGGGCUUAGGCUAUUUUACCAAACGAGAUUUCAAAUUAUCAUUUGCUGCCUGCAAACAGUUUCCUAUUUUCCGCCGUCGGUCACAAAACUCCUGAAAUCUGCAACGUUUUUGCCAUCCGGCACAUUUCCAUAUUCAGAGAAUAUAAUGGAUAUCAACACCAAACUUACAAACCUCCGUGCAGAUAUUAAGCGCGCGAAAAUUACGAGCGACGCCGAAAUCUUAUCAGCUGCUUACGAAAUUGAUGCCGAACUGACCAUGUGGCUGGCAUCGCUGCCUCCCAACUUCGCCUUCAUCACAGCCGGUGCAAAUUCCCGGCUAGAAAAGCACUGCUGCGGGGUAUUUGCAUACAAUAAUCGGUACCAUAUCUACCCGGAUCUCUGGAUAUGUUCUAUUUGGAACCAUUACCGCUGCGCCCGUAUUCUUGUCGGGGAGAUCAUCGCUAGCGAACUGAAGCGGUUUCGUAACAGGACGCCUGCCGUCAGUUUGUCGAAAGACUUCCAGAUCCAGGAACAAAGCAUCUACGAUAGGGUCCGGGAAUGCGCAACGGAUAUCUGCUAUAGCAUCCCGUACUACUUCGGUGCCGCUGACAUGGGAAAAGUAGAAGGGCCAUCAGGAGAUUCUUCUGCGCAUAGUAUCUCCGGAAGGUACGCAGGGAGUCUUAUAGUGCUCUGGUUCUUGACUAUGGCAGGGACGACGGACGAGGUCGGUUCUCCGCUCCGGAACUACACUAUCGACGUGCUGAGGAUUAUUGGGAAUGAAUUCGGCGUUGGUCAGGCGUUGAUGUUGGUAGGUGGCUUGGACAAUGGCUCUUUCUAUUUUGGUUAUGAACGUGACGACGGUGAUAGUGAGAUCUUCGGUCAAGAUUUUAAUGGGGGCAUCUUAACGAGUGGUAGCUGA